AUGCGUUUCCACGUUUCCUACAUCAUAUUCGCAUUGUAUUGUUCUCUAAACCUCAUACGUACCAUGUUUGGACGUUCCUUCUCUGGAAUUCGUAGUGUUUCUAAACUUGCCAGAAGUUUUGCGACUGAAGGCGAGCUUCCGUUCAAGAAGAUCCUGGUAGCUAACCGUGGAGAGAUUGCUUGCCGUGUGUUCAAGACCGCUAAGCGCAUGGGUAUCAAGACGGUGGCUGUGUACUCGGACGCUGAUCGCAACGCCAAGCACGUGAAGAUGGCUGAUGAGGCUGUUUACAUUGGUCCUUCUCCGUCUGCCCAGAGUUACUUGGUGGCCGAUAAGAUCGUUGAGGCUUGCCGUAAGACUGGAGCUGACGCUGUGCACCCUGGUUAUGGUUUCCUUUCUGAGAACUGGCGUUUCGCGGAGACUCUGGAGAAGGAGGGAAUUAUCUGGUGCGGUCCUGGCAAAUAUGCGAUUGAGGCGAUGGGAGAUAAGAUCGGUUCGAAGAUCCUGGCCGUGAAGGCGAAGGUGAACACGAUUCCUGGUUUCAACGGCGAAAUCAACUCGGACGAGGAGGUUCUGCGCAUUGCGAACGACAUUGGUUACCCUGUGAUGAUCAAGGCGUCGGCUGGAGGCGGUGGCAAGGGAAUGCGUAUCGCUUGGAACGACAAGGAGGCGCUGUCUGGAUUCCACCUGUCGAAGCAGGAGGCGAAGUCUGCGUUCGGCGAUGACCGCAUGUUCAUCGAGAAGUACAUCGAGGAGCCGCGCCACAUCGAGAUCCAGGUGCUGGGCGACAAGUUCGGUAACUACUGCGCGUUCCCCGAGCGCGAGUGCUCGAUCCAGCGUCGCAACCAGAAGGUGAUCGAGGAGUCUCCGUCGGUGCUGCUGGACGAGGAGACGCGCACGGCGAUGGGCAAGCAGGCGUGCAUGAUGGCGAAGGCGGUGAACUACUGCUCCGCGGGAACGGUGGAGUUCCUGUGCGACAAGCACAAGAACUUCUACUUCCUGGAGAUGAACACGCGUCUGCAGGUGGAGCACCCGAUCACGGAGAUGGUGACGCGCGAGGAUAUCGUGGAGCAGAUGUUCUGGAUCGCCGCGGGCCGCAAGCUGCCGGACCGUCUGAUCAACUGGCCGCUGAAGCGGUACGCGCACGCGAUCGAGGCGCGCGUGUACGCGGAGGACCCGCGCCGGAACUUCCUGCCGUCGCUGGGUCUGCUGACGAAGUACAUCGAGCCGCGCGGCGAGUUCGUGCGAUGCGAUUCGGGCAUCCUGGACGGAUCGCAGAUCUCGAUGUACUACGACCCGAUGAUCUGCAAGCUGGUGACGUGGGGCGACGACCGCGCGAUGGCGAUCAAGCGCAUGGACGAGGCGCUGAACACGUACAUCAUCCGCGGCCUGAACCACAACUCUGCGUUCCUGCAGGACGUGAUCCGGUCGAAGCGCUUCGGCUCGGGGAAGAUCACGACGAACUUCAUCAAGGAGGAGUACCCCGACGGCUGGACGGGCUCGCACCUGACGGAGACGGAGGCGGAGCAGCUGAUCGCGGCGACGAUCGCGGUGCACCAGGAGCGUCUGGCGAAGGAGGCGACGAACGACCAGCAGAUGGAGUCGUACGAGCCGGUGUGUGAGAAGGACCUGGUGGCGACGGUGGGCGAGAAGGAGUACAAGGUGCACAUGGAGUUCGAGGGCGAGGCGAUGACGCUGGAGAUCGACGGAAAGAAGGUGCAGUACUUCGAGCCCACCACCGAGGGAUACAGCAUGCAGUACUGCGGAGGAAACUUCGACGUGGUGCUCCGCAGCGCGCGCGCCCAGGAGCUGAGCAAGUUCAUGAUCCCCAAGGUGCAGCCCGACACCAGCAAGUUCCUCGCCUCCCCCAUGGCCGGAUCCCUCGUCAAGGUCCACGUCAAGGAGGGCGAUCGCGUCGAGGCCGGACAGCCUCUCGCCGUCGUCGAGGCCAUGAAGAUGCAGAACGAGCUCUACGCGCAGAAGGCCUGCGUCGUCAAGAAGGUCUACUUCAAGCCCGGACAGAACCUCGCGCUCGACGAUGUCAUCAUGGACUUUGAUGUGUCCGCUUAAGCGAACGAGCGAAGGAACAGGGAAGGAGGAAUAAAGAAGGAAGGAAGGUGUAGUCGUAGUAAUAAUCAUCGUAUAACAACAAUAUGAAUACU